AUGCCGGUCUCUUUCCCGACGACUAGUACUGUCGCUAAGCGAGUCGAGCAGAAUGCGUACAAGACAGUAGAGUUGGCAGAGCUCGUGAAGGCGGCAUCACGCGGUGAAGGGGAGGGAAGGGGUAAGGGAAAGCAGGCUGAGGCGGGAGGAUCCAAGGACAUCUCCGAACCAUCCGGCACUCAUGUUCACACGCUCACUAUCGAGGUCGAGCUCGGCGCCCCUCCGCCACAGAUCACAUACCGCCAUCGCGAACCGGAAGCCAACCCUGCAUACGCCCAGUUCGACGCCCUUCGAAGCUCUCUCAAGGCUGCCGCGAAGGCCUGCGAGCCCUUGGAUAUCAUCCGCCCCGCGGACCAGGUCCUAGGUAUAGACCUUCCGCCGAGCAAAGGCGCGUUCGCGCCCAAAUCUACCCCGAGCGUUGCGGUCUACCCGAGCUCGAGCGAGGAGAGGACUACUCGGGGAACCGAGAGACCUCUCGUCCGUCUUGAAGAGAAAACACGGUGGAGGGACUACAGCCUGGACAUCCCGGGUGCGAAGGAGUGGAACAAGCAGUCCACGGCGUGGGACUCGACGAGCUGGCUUCAUGCCGUGUUGGCGCUGGAUUCGAGGGAGAGGGCCAUGCGCAACCAGGUGUACAGGGAUGAUGUCAGGCGCUUUGAGCUUCGGACGGGUUUGCAGAUGGCCUGGGAGCCAGCUGAGGGGAAGAAGGCGGCAGAGAAGAAGGCCCAGCGGAAGAAGGGCGCCGAGGAGGGGUCUGACGGGGAAGAUGAGGAUUAUGAGGACAACGAGGAUAACGACGAGAGCGAGAUCGGGGAUGAGGAGAAGGAGGGUGAGAAAAUUAAAUUGAUCAUCACCGUCAACGUCUAUCUCAACUUCGCCGCCCUGGCUACCCCGGCUCCGGAGAUCGGUACGGACCUCAUCGGCCUCAUCCUCCACUCCAUCAUUCCCUCGGAUCUCCCCCUCAUGCUCGAUGCCUCGGACAAGAGGUACGACGCCCUUCGUUCAUUCUUCGCCUGUAUGCAGCCGGCGCCUUUCCUACCACGCGGUAUGAACGCGUCCGACCUUCAGCCCAAGGCGAUGCGGUCGACGCUACUGCCCUUCCAGCUCCGAACACUGCGGCUUUUACUCGAGCGCGAGCACGCGGCGGGAUACGAGAACCUCUCUCUCUCGGAAACGGCGGAUCCGCGAGGGUUCUGGGCGCAACUUGAAGUAGGCGGAGAGAACGUGGCGUACCGGCGAGCCACGGGCGAGAUGUUGUCUCUGCCCGAGUCGGUGGCUAGCGCAAUAGCGAACCGCAAGGGCAAGGGGAGAGCGAUGGACGCAGAUGUCGACAUGGAGUCAGAGGGAGCGCUAGGAGGGUUGAGUGCAGCGGACCGAAAGUUGCUGCCCCCGCUGGUGGAUCUGUCAAAGGUCCGGGGGACCAUGCUCUGCGAGGAAAUGGGCCUCGGCAAGACAGUCGAAGCUAUUGCUCUCAUGCUACACCACCGCCACCCUCUCUCUACAUCUCGGUCCUCGCUCGAAAUGGCUCCCGAAGCACCCGCAUCAUCGUCAGAAGAGGCCGAAGAAUUCGACAUUGACAUGCUCGAUGACGACGCGCCGCUCACUGCCGCCCGAGAGCGUAAACGCGUGGCUGCGGCCCAUGUCAAUGUGCCCAAUAUGGACCUUCUGGCGGGUCCGCCGGGAUUGGAGGAUGAGGAGAUCAGCGGAUGGCUUCAGGCAGAAUUGGACGCGUUUAGCGGGACAAAGGUCUGGAGCGAGGAGUCUCAGCUGGAUGUGACGGAGGUUGCGACCACGCUCAUUGUCACUCCAUCUGUUCUUCUCAAGCAAUGGGUCUCCGAGAUCCAGACGCACGCCCCUGGACUCCGAGUUUGCGUGUAUGAAGGCUGGAAGAAGCUUCAGGACGGCAUCAGGAGACAACAAGCAUCGCAGAACAAGUCAAACGGCGCGAAGCCCGGCGACAAGAAGCGGAAAGCCACCGAGGCGUUGAGGAAGAAGGUGGUCAAGAAGUACAGUGGUGGAAAGGGGCAGGUCAACGGGGAGGAGGAAGCGGAAGGGGCGGAAUACGUCGAGGAGCCGGUCAAGGAGGAAGCGUCGAGCGCGGACCCUUUGAGUCUGCUUGAGGUCACUCAGGUGGAAUUCGAGAAGUAUGUCCGGGCGCACGAUAUCGUCAUUUGCACGUAUCAAGACUUGGCUUCGGAUCUCAAGGUCGCGCACCCGGCGCCUUCGCGGUCCAGGCGCAAAAAUAUCGACUACAAGGAGAACGAGCGCCCGAGAAGCCCUCUGAUCAUGGUCGAGUGGUGGCGUGUCUGCAUGGACGAGGUCCAGCUGUCCAGCGAUCAGUCCGCUGCUUCCGAGAUGGUUGCUCUGAUUCCCCGCCGAAACUCCCUCGCUGUUUCCGGUACCCCCGCCAAGACGGACAUUAAGGAUCUCUUGGGUGUCCUCCGCUUCCUCCGUGUCCCUCGGAUCCCAUACGACGGCCGCCUCUGGUACCGUCUUCAGCAGCCCUCAUUCCGGCCCGCCUUCGAAGGCCUCUUCCGCGCCAUCUCCGUCCGCACUACCAAGCGCCAAGUCCAGGACGAACUCACUAUUCCUCGCCAGACGCGAUACGUCGUCCCCAUCGAGCUGUCUCAAAUUGAACAGCACUACUAUCUCGAUACCCUCGGUCGGCAGCGGGAGAUCAUGACCCGCCGAGGUGGGGGCGGGCUGGACCGUGCCGCCCUCAAGGCGUGUCUUCUCAACCUCCGCCAGAUCUGUACGCACAUGCAGGUUGGGCUCUUACAGGCGGGCGCUGGGGGCCCGCGGGAACGGCUGAAUCUGGGGAAGGAGUUGAUGACGAUGAAGGAGGCGCUGGAGAAGAUGAAGAGCGAUCAUGUCGCUGAGUUCCUUUCUGAGAGUCGCCUCCAGCUUCGCUUGAUGGUCCGCCUUGGCCAACUCAUCCUGUCUGACAAAGACAACGACCUCCGUCUUCUUCAAGCGGCCGCCAAAUUUGAACGGUGCCGCGAGACGAUCACCAAGCAGCUCGGACCGGUCCGGGAGGAGCUUCAACGUCUUCUCGCCGCGAACGGCAAUAUCGAGAUUGACGACGAUGCCUUGUCGACGGGUACAGCGGAGAAGAAGGGGUUGAGUCAGCAGGAGAAGGAGAAGGCGGGAGCGAUCACCAGUGCGAGGACGACAAUCAGGGAACUGCUUUUGAUUUUGCAUCAGGCGAGCUUCUUGAUGGGUGAUGUGAGGCAUCAGCAGGGGGAGGCGGAUCUAGAGACUGAGGAGUACGCGAAGGCCGAUCAGAUCAGGAAAGAGAUUCUUGGCGGAUCGCUCCGACAGUCCAUUGUCGCGAUUGCCAGACUCGACCGCCAGGUUGAGGCGAGCGACUUCAAGGACGUGGAGAUGCUUCAGACGGAGGACGAUUGUGGGCGGGGCGGGAUCUCGUCGGCGGACGCGAUCGAGUCGUCUAAUGAGCUUUUGCGGCUCAUCAAUGAGAACACCCUGAUCAUCUGGGACUGGCGACAGAAGAUCAUCGAGCUUCUCCGUGCGCCCGUCGAGGCUGAGCAGGCCGAGGAUGCUGUUCCUGGCGGUGAUGCGCCGGCGGAGGCGAACGCAGAGGAAGACUUCUACGGCAAGAGCUUGAAGUCGCAGGGCGAGCUCCAGUGCUACAUGACUGCGUACGCCGCUGCGUUGGUGGACCGACGAGCAGAGAUGAUCAGCGAAGAGCGGAAUCUGUUCGCCGAGGGUGACGCUUCUCGUCCUGCCGAGCGAACGACCGCCCGAGCCCGACAGGCCAAAGAGGCCGGACUGGAGCUCGGCUUGUACGAUGAAGACGACGAAAACAAAAAGUUGCUUGACGAGCUCAUGCAGGAGAGGCAGGCGUUUAUGGACGCGCGGAAGGGAACGUGCGAGCGGCCUCUGAAGGGCUACCUCAUUGAUCUCAAUGGUGUUGUCCACAAUACCACCAUGAGGAGAGAGGAGGUUCAGAUUGCCAAGCAGGCUGCGGACUUUAUCCGGGGGUAUCACAAGGAGCAGGCGACUCACUUGGACAACCUCAAUAAGGAGCUUGAUCUUUUCCGCGCGACUUUCAACUACCGCGUCAAGUUCUUUGCGGCCCUGCAGGAGAUCUCGGAUAGUGUCGCCGAGCCCGACGCCGCCCCCGAAGGCAAAAAGAAGCGCGACGUGCACGACGAGAUCCGGUCCGUCGACGCGGAAAUCACCGCGAAAGAGGUCCGGCUGGCGCAGCUCACCACGCGGGGUCGAUACCUCGACUUUUUGGGCGGAGGGCAGGCCGAGAAGGACGAUGAUGAGCUGCGCGAAGACUGUAUCAUCUGUAUGGGCAGUUCGGACGAUACUCAUGGGUUGUUGCUGGAGUGUGGUCAUUUCUUCUGCGCUUCUUGCUACAAGGCGUACCGGUCUUCCCAAAGUCGAGGGUGUCCUUCUUGUCGCCGAGAUAUCGACGACAAGGCCAUCACCCGGUUCAAACUCGGCGGUGCACCAUCCAAGACCAACCAAAAGGAAAUGCGAGCCCUGGCAUCUGCCGACGCAGCCGCCAUCACUGCCCUGGAUGCCUCUGCGCCCGCUGCUGGUCCGUCCGGCGAAGCGGCGGCUGCCGCCGCUGGCACAUCCGCCGACGCACUCCUUGCUGCCCAGCUGGCAGAGGAGGAUCGAGAAGGUCAAAACCUGCGUGAGAUGGAGGAGCAGGAGUUUGGUGCUACGCGUGCAGAGGAGGUCGAGAAGCAGGCGAGGGAGCGGGAUAUGGCUCGGGUGAAUAUGCUGGAUUUGGAGACGCGGAGGGAGAUUGCGCAUAUGGAUAUGAUGGGGGAGUAUGGGUCCAAGAUCGACUUCCUCGUCAAGCAUCUGUUGCACUACCGAGCUCGCCAGCCCGAGGCGAGGCACGUCAUCUUUUCGAACUGGUCCGACAGUCUCAACAUCGUCACGCGCGCUUUGAGACAGAACGGCAUCAAGUUUGCCUCCUUCGAUGGUAACAAGACCAAAGAUGUCGUCGACAACUUUAUCAAGGACAAGUCUAUCACCGUCUUCCUGCUUCAUGCCGAGCGUGAAAGUGCCGGUCUCACCCUGACGACCUGCCAAGUCGUCCACCUGCUCGAGCCCGUCCUGCGCCACUCGUUCGAACUCCAAGCGAUCGGCCGAGUCGACCGUCUCGGCCAAAAGAACGAAACCAAGGUCUACUGCUACGCAACGCGCGAUACUGUCGAGUCGCGCAUCCUCGCCCUGGGUGUUCGGAACGGAACGUCCAUCUACCUGAAGAAUGAUGAUGCGGACAGAGGGGAGAUGGAACGGCGGGCGGAUAAUGUGGUUAGUGCUGCUGGUAAAGGAGGAGAUUUGGGGGCUGGGGAUGGGACUGGGAAUGAGGAGGAGUUGCUCAGUUUGUUGCUUUGA